AUGACCACCACCCCUCUAAACGGAUCCAUCCAUGGAAUCCCCGAAUACAUCAACUAUUCCGAAUAUAUCACUUGGACCACAAUGCAAGCCUUCAUCCCAUUCAUAUACAUCAUUCCCACCUCGAUCAUCAUUGUUGUGAUCUACGUGAAACAUCAGAGAGCUAAACUCCUGAUGAACCAAGUCUACAUGGAUCCGAAUAUUUUCAAACUGAUCAUGUUCUACUUCUUUUUUAACUCUCUAUUUUUCAUCGGUGACUACAUGCGUCUCAACCUACCAUCAUCUGGUCUGGUGACUGCUCUAUGCGCAAAAACAGAGCCCAGUUGGUGGUACACUCUUAUUAUAAUAUUUGCCUAUUCCGGGGAUUACGGUACUAUCUCGUGUCCGUUUCUGACAAGUUUGAUUCGACUGGUGAUGAUCUUAUCCCCACAUAACCACGCAAAGUAUUGCAAACUAUUGAUGCGAUGGUUCAUCUACCCAUUCAUAGUGGCGAUACCUGUCUCGUUAACUUUGCGAAAUAUUCCGGCCACGGGUUACUGUAGACAGUUGGACCCUCCAUUUCAUUUCGGAGCCAUUGUAAUAUCAGAAGGAGAGUCUUACGUGAAAUUUAAUGUGAUGAUACAUCUCUCCUUCUCAUAUAUCACAUUUAUAAGCCAUAUAUUGAUGUCUGCCUUCAUGUUUUUUAAAAUUCGCAAGACUAGCUACAACAAUUCGUCGAUAAGGACUAAAGAGUUGAGCAGGAAGGCGGAGCUAUCGCUAACACUUGGAAUGGCUUCCUGUAUAGUACCAUUUAUCACAAAUUCUAUUGUGUCGUUCUCUUUCCUCUUUGGCCGCCCGAUGUGGGCACACCUCCUAUUCCUACGUAUCCUUGGAAAUGACUAUGAGACUAUUAUGCUUCCAUGGGUACUAUUCUUCACUCACCCGCUAUUUCGUGGAAAGAAAAAGCAGAAGACGACGACGCCAACUCAUCUCGGUUCGUCGAACAUCUGGAACAGUAAUACGAAUACACCGAGAAGUUCGUCACAAAUGUUUUGA